AUGCCGCGUGAAACGGUCCCAGAAAUUAUGUUGAGUUCCGCGGUAGGCCAUGUCACUCCUCACUGCCUACAGCAAACGUGUCAGUCUUAAAGGUCUAAAGCGUUACUUUCUUCCAUAUUUGAGUGUAUCUCGCUCCGUUCGCUCCUUCGUCAAGUCGCAGAGCAUAGCAGAGCAUCUAUGGUGUCCAAAGCAUCAGACUCUGCGAUCAAACUAAGAAAAUCACAUGGAGAGCCAGCAAACGAUGCUGUUGGAACCUUGUCAAGCAAGAUUGAUCAUCUGGAAAAGCAAAUCCAGGCGGAGAGAGUUGUAUCAAUUAAAGAAAAACUAUUGAGGAAUGGGAAGAAGGUACAAUGCCAUGUUUCCCAGAUUGUCUCAGCAAUAACAAGAAGGGAUUCUUUUCUUACAAAGGAAACUAUAAUCAAUCAAAUGCUUUCUUCAAGAAUUGACCACCCUCUAUUUAAGUUCAAUGCUUUCUCUCAAGGUUCUGGUGACAAAGAUCACAUCAACAGUCUAGAACUAGUUUUUACAACAAGUAUCAAGAUGCCUUAUAUUGAAAGAUUACCGCCAUACACAUCUUGGAUCUUUUUGGACAGAAAUCAGAGAAUGGCUGAAGAUCAGUCUGUAGUUGGCAGAAGGCGUAUCUACUAUGACCAACAUGGAAGUGAAGCAUUGAUAUGCAGUGACAGUGAGGAAGAGCUAACGGAACCUGAGGAAGAUAAGCAUGAAUUUACUGAUGCUGAAGACCGAAUUUUAUGGAUGGCGUUUGAGGAAUAUGGGUUAACUGAGGAAGUGUUGGAUACUGUGAGCGAGUCUGUUGGAGGUACUAGACAGGAAAUUCAGGAUAGGUACAAAAGUCUCAAGGAAAAGAACAUGAGGAGGUGGGACCAGCAGUCUGAAGGUUCUGGAAAUUAUGAAUCUCAGAUUGGUAUAAGUUUGGAGGAAAGCCUGAGUACUGCUUUAGAUUCUUUUGAUAACCUUUUUUGUCGUCGAUGCAUGCAGAUGUUUGAUUGUCGCUUGCAUGGAUGUUCUCAACCCCUAAUAUAUCCUAGUGAAAAGCAGCCAGUUUGGUUUGAGCAUGAAGAGGACAGGAAGCCAUGCAGCGAUCAGUGUUACCUAAGGUUAAAGUCUGAGAAAAUUUCAUCAGAUCCUAGUUGUUUACAUGAAAAUAAAACCACAACUAUGGAAGAGGAAGUAUUGACUUUGGCACCCUCCGGUGCAGAAGAGCCAGGAAAGCAGGGCACUGCAACUACCUUGGUGGAAGAAAGAUGCAAUUCUAUGAAUACAACACCUUUUCUGACAGAACUUGCCGGUUGUGGAGGUCUCAACUUAAAUAUGCCUGUGGCAGAGAGUCGGGGGAAACGGAAGACCAUAAAUCGAUCAGAUAUAGCACUGUGUGACUUAACAUUGCUUUCUGAUGAUUCACAAAGUUCUUGUAAAAAGCAAAAGAAAAACACAGAUAUUGAUGCAGUCACUACAAUCAAUGAUAAUAACAGAGACCUAAAUGUCAGUGCAUGUGAUGAAAAAUGUGUUGCUGCUUCUGAAUGUUUGAGUGAUUCUGUAGAUCAUACUUCUAACAAAUCAAUACUUUCUGGGAGCACUUGUCAUGGUGAACAUGAAAAUGUUGGGGAUGGACCUAAAGAUGACAUGGCUGAGGCAGAAUUCAGUGAGUCAUCCAAUUUCAUGAAUAAGCAUGUUGAAGGGAUGCAAAGACUCUCAGAAUGGAAACCUAUGGAGAAAGAGCUAUACUUGAAGGGAAUAGAAAUGUUUGGGAGAAACAGUUGCCUCAUAACAAGGAACUUACUUUCUGGCCUUAAGACCUGCAUGGAAGUAGCUAGUUACAUGCAUGCUGGUGGAGCAUCAAUGCCCUACAGAUCUAAUGUUCCACCAAGUUCACUCAGGAAUGACAACGGAAAAACUGAUGCAGAAUGCACAGACCAAGAGAUGCCAACAAGAGCGAGAUUGCUACGGAAAAGGGGCAAAACAAGGAAAUUUAAAUAUUCUUGGAAGUCUGCCGGCCACCCAUCAAUAUGGAAAAGAAUUGCGGAUGGAAAAAACCAAUCUUGCAAGCAAUAUACGCCCUGUGGAUGUCAGUCAAUGUGUGGAAAGCAAUGUCCGUGCCUUCAUAAUGGAACUUGCUGUGAAAAAUAUUGUGGAUGCUCCAAAAGCUGCAAAAAUCGAUUCAGAGGUUGUCACUGUGCUAAGAGUCAAUGCAGAAGUCGACAAUGUCCAUGCUUUGCUGCUGGACGCGAAUGUGAUCCAGAUGUUUGCCGAAACUGCUGGGUUAGCUGUGGGGAUGGUUCAUUGGGAGAACCACCUAGACGUGGAGAUGGUCAAUGUGGAAAUAUGAGGCUUCUUUUAAGGCAACAACAGAGGAUUCUUUUGGCAAAGUCUGAUGUUGCAGGAUGGGGAGCAUUCUUAAAGAACCCAGUUAACAAAAAUGAUUAUCUAGGAGAAUACACUGGGGAACUGAUCUCCCACCGAGAAGCAGACAAGCGUGGAAAAAUAUAUGAUCGUGCGAACUCAUCAUUCCUUUUUGACUUGAAUGAUCAGUAUGUUCUGGAUGCUUAUCGCAAAGGAGACAAACUAAAAUUUGCCAACCACUCAUCAAAUCCAAACUGCUAUGCAAAGGUGAUGCUGGUUGCUGGGGAUCAUCGAGUUGGCAUCUUUGCCAAGGAACACAUCGAAGCUAGUGAGGAGCUGUUCUAUGAUUAUCGUUAUGGUCCAGAUCAAGCACCCGCUUGGGCUCGUAAACCUGAGUCUUCAAGGAGAGAUGAAUCAGCAGCUUCUCAAGGCAGGGCCAAGAAACACCAGUCUCAUUGAUGAGCUAUUCAUUGUAAAUCUGGCUGUGGCUUCUACCCGUAUUUCUAUUAUAUUAUAUAGCAUUGUCCUGAAAGGGUGGUCCCAUGAGGAAAAUAAUAAUUGAAAAUGCACAUAGUAUUAUGCCUAAAAAUGUUCGGUGAAACAAUAAAAAUGAGCAUGCGAUGGAACAUUCUAAUGUUAA